AUGAGAGUGAUUGAGGUAACGAGAAAAGAUGGACAGUCACUCGGAAUAUCAAUUCACGGAGGUGUUGGUAAACCAGCUGCCAAUCCUGCCGAUGAGAGAGACGAAGGGAUAUUCAUAGAAAAGCUAGGACACCCAACCAUAUGGCUGGCUAAGCUCACAUUUCGUGAAGUAUGUAUGAAGCAGUCACCUCACUAUUCUUUUAAUUUCUUGAAGGUGGAACCAUCGAGCGUUUGUCAGCGAGCGGGCCUUCAAGUUGGACAUCGUUUGAUAGAAGUAAACGGUGACUCGUUGCUGGGUUGUGAUCAAUCCGAAGCGGCGACAAUCCUGCGUUCUUCUAAUGAAUUACGAAUCCUUGUUUGUGAUGGGUAUAACAAACCGAUAAUGCCACGAGUCGACGAUAGAACCAUCACGUCGUCGCAGUCAUCUUCGAGCAACGUGCUAGUGGACGAGAACAAGCAAGUGUCAACCGCCUCGAUCUCUACAGUUGCUAACACACCCAUUCAAAAUGGUGACCAUCAUCAGGAACCUUCUCGAUUCGACGAACCUCCGUUGGCCUCGUCCAGUCCUUUGCCGACAACUCCCGUAGUGGCUCCCGCUCCUGCCUCGAAGCCGGCUCGACAUCCACCUGCAGUCGCCCCAAAACCAACGUUACGAAAUUCACAGUUACAAAAUGUGCCGGUAGUUGGCGAUAUUACGCAACCGGAAAAGCUUACAUUUGCCUCGAAGAUAAAAAAUUUCGAAAGGGAAAUCGAAGUCCAGAGACUGGCUACGAAGCAAAUUUCCGCCAGUAGCUUGCCGGCUCCAGCAAUGAAGCCUCUAAUCACAGACAACGAUGUGCUAAAAAUGAAAGAAGAAGGACGAAAAAGAACUAACUCUAAUCGCGAGGUUUUGAGCCCGCAAGAGAGUGGGGCUGAGUUCGAGAAGAUA